AUGAGUACUGUGCAACAGCUCAUUAAUGACUUGAGUAAUUUGGCUUCCGAGUCGAAGAGACGGAAUAGUGAAAUUAGACAUGCGUGUGAUAAGGCUAUUACAGAUUUGAAAAGUUAUCAACCCCAAGAAAAGAUCCAUGAUAUUUCACAGAACGAAAUCAAAAUGGAUAUACUAAAACCAUUCUUGAUAUCUUGUAAUACUGGAAAUGCUAAGUUUGCCACAAUAUCGAUUCCGAUUAUUCAUAAGUUAAUUAUAGGUGAAAUAAUACCCGUGGAAUGCUUGAAUGAGUUGUUAGAUUCGUUGAAAGAAGCUACUAAUUUGGCAACAGAUAUCCAGCUAAGGAUCUUACAAUGUUUACCAACGCUCAUGCAGAAUUACAAUCGGUUUAUUACAAAUUCUCAAUUAUUGAAGCUAUUGGGGAUUUGUUCAAGCUUGACAGCUAGCAAUAAAUCCACCGUCGUGAUUAAUACAGCAUCAGCCACUUUACAGCAAUUAUUUAGUAAUGUGUAUGAUAAGAUUGAAGAAGGAGGCAACCUUAAGAAUGAGUUGAAAAUUGACAACGAUGAAACCAUAAAGAUUAACGAUUCAUCUUUGGAAGGGUUCAAAAUAUUUAAUGAUUUAUGUGGACUAAUUGAGAAUGAGAAACCAGCAUAUUUUACCGAAUUUAUAAAUAUAAAGUCCUCAUCGGUGCUAGAGAUUAUAGAGAGCAUUUUGUCAAAUCAUAAAGGUCUAUUCGACAGGCAUCAGGAAUUGUGUUUUUUGGUGAGAGUCAAGAUAAUCCCGGCAUUAUUAAGAAUACUAAAUGCGCCUACCCAGAGCUUUCCUAUGACUAUUCGAACCAUCCGGAUAUUUCAUGUGCUAUUAGCAUCCCAACUCGAUAAUUUAGAAGUCGAAAGUGAAAUUGUUCUAUCAUUUUUGAACCAUAUGUUGAUCAAUGGCAAUAACGACCCAGCCGAAAAGACAAACUGGGUAAAAAUCACAGUUUUGGAGAUGUUUCGUGGUUUAUUUUCGGAUUUCAGUGUUAUACAAUCUAUCUAUGAUAAGUAUGACAAUAACCCGAAGAAGAAGAAUGUCAUUCAAGAAUUAAUGUCUAUCUUAUGCACUUAUUUGCUGCAUAAUGCGUACAUAAUGAAUGAUGUUGUGAAGCCUCCACCUACCUCAAUAUCUCAAAAUCAGUCUCCAUCAAACCAACAUACUUAUUUAUCGAAGCAAUCUUCGAAUAUGAAAAUAUCUAUACUUGACCAUUUAGAUAAACAAGAAUCGCCAGUUUCAAUUCCGCCAAACUAUCCAAUAUAUUUGACUUUUUCUGUUUUAUUAACUUAUACAGAUGGCAUUGCAAAAUUUGUUAAUAAUUUAUCUGAUGAAUCUAACCUGACAGGACUAGAAGCAAAGGUUGAAUUCGUUACAUCCUUAAUCGAAAAUACAUAUCCAGAGGUAUCGUCCUUAUUUGAAAGGUUUAUUUAUUCUUAUAUUGAUAAUGACGGAUUUCAUCAAUUAAUAAGAACCUUACAGAAAUUUACACACGCGACUGGAUUGCUAGGGCUUGGUAGCUUAAGAGAUGGAUUAUUAGGUAUGCUUUCGAAAGCGAUAAUUAAGAAUACCAGUAAGAAUGAAACAAAAGCUAAUCAACCGGGUAACAGUGGACUUCAAGAACAAGGCAAGCAGCUAUUUGCACUUGGAGAGUCUGUUGUUGAAUCGUUUAGCUCGUCUCUUCAAAAACAUUCAUCAGAUCACAAUCUUUCGUCACAACCGCAAUCACAAAUUAAAUCCAGAAGCUUCAAUUCAAGACAGGUUAUUUGUUUACGGGCAUUGGCAAAUCUAGCUGUUUCUUUGGGGUCAACCUUACAAAAUCUGUGGUCUAUCAUAUGGAUAACCUUUCAAUGGUGUGAUUAUUAUAUGAAUGGGCCAGAUGAAUAUAGUGGAUAUCUUAAUAAGAAUAUGAAAUUCACGAAUGACAUGUUACCUAAGCUAACUGCAAGUGACUUGAAUAAUAUCGAAAUUUCCAAAAAGAAAUUCUUCGAAAGUAUCAAUGAGUACCAACUAGAGUCGUUCCAUGAAUUGAUAGCUGCGCUAACCAAUUUGUCUGAUGAAGCCUUUAGUAGCGCUCAGAAAGAAAAAACGAAAGAGCUAGAAACUGCGAAUGACAAUGGCAAAGAUACGAGUCAGAUUAUUAGCGAUCAAAUGAUUGUAUGUCCUUACAAUAAGGUAUAUUAUCUCAAAAUGUUAGGAAAUAUUUGCCAGAUUAACCCUAAUAAAUUUCUCAUUGAGAAUGACAAGUCAUGGAAUCUUAUAUGUGAUUAUUUUAUUAAUUUAGGUGCUGAAAGAGGUAGUAAUAUAGGAUAUAAGCUCAGGAUUUAUAUUGUUAACACGUUUGAUGGUAUCAUUAAGGAUAUAACCCAUGAAGGGUUUGAGUCUACUGAAAGCUCUAUCAAUGUCAAAACAUCCCAAAAAUCCUUAGAUGGGUUGAGAGGAUUCCUUGACAAGUUGUUUAAAUUAGGUCUUCCGAAUGAGUUAUUAGUUCUCAAUUGUGAGACUGAAAUGCAUUUACUAGUUUUAACCACAUUACAUGAAUUAAUUGAUAAAUUCGAUAAGUAUUAUCAAAACUCGUGGCAUACAGUGUUUAGAAUUUUGAAUACUUCGUUCAGAUCUGCAGAAUCGGAUAAUGAAGACAAUAAUUUGAAAGAAAAAGUGAGGCUUGUGAUAGAUUCAUCGUUUAAUACAUUGAAGCUAAUUUUGGAUGAAUUUAUGUCCACAUUGCCUUUUGAUCAAAUGCAUAUUUUGAUUGAAACGUUGUAUAAUUUCUGUCAUCAAAAAUAUGAUUUGAAUAUUUCGUUCAGCUCAGUUAGUUACUUUUGGUUGAUUAGUGAUUCUUUGAAAUCAAAAAUAUUAUCUACUAAAGAGACCCAAGAAUUCAAUUUUGUAAUAAAGACAGAUGCGGAAUUAAUAAGAAUUAUUGAAAACGAGCCGAAAGAAAAUCAAACUUUCUAUAAAUUAUUGGAUAUAUAUUUGGUCUCGACCUUAUCGAAAUUGUCUACAGAUUCGAGAGCACAAGUCAGAGACGGUGCGAUCCAAACUUUCUUCCAGAUUAUAGAUGUUCAUGGAAGUUUGUUGCCAUCAUGGGAUUUAAUUUAUGAAAUAGUAUUGCCAACCUUACUUAACCUUGAAAUCGAUUUGGACAAUUCCAAGUUUAACAAGAAGGAAUGGAUCGAGAGUUUAAAUUUAAUUCUCUCGGGAUUAGUUUCAUUAUAUGGAAAGUUUAUGAUGGACUUUGGCCAUAGUGAACGUCAGCAAACUUUAAAAUACUUCUGGGAAGGACUUAUAAAGUACUUCAAUAGGCUCCUUGGCUUGAAAUGGGUAGACUUAAAUUUGAAAAGUUUUAAAUCAUUUCAUGACUUAUUGGUUCCAUUUGACAAUAUUCCUAAUACUGACACCGAGGAGGUUAGGAGUUUAUUGUUUGAAUUUUGGGUUAAUGUUCCGGUGGAAUAUGAUUUUGUGAAUCCGUUAUACCAAGACUCCUUAUCGAACUUGAUGAAAUGUUUCCCACCAUUAUACAAGAUUAUCAAGGAUUCAUUAGACGUUGAAAAAAUCAACACUAUAAUAAAUAUGCUUAAUAGGUGUGCAAGAUAUCCGGUUUUACCUAGUGCUCAUUUGGAUAAUGUCAGACCAUCUCAGUUACAAAAAUCGGUAAUUGAUAAUUUAGAGUGUAUUGACCUGAAGGAUCCAUACGUGAGAUCAUGUGUUAUUCAGCAGUUGAGUAGUAUAGUUGUAUAUCCGUUUGGAACAAAGAUGAGAAUUGAACAAAAAUUGGGUGCUAAAUUGAAAGACAAGGUAACGAUUCCAACUUUCAUAGCAGUAAGUCAUUUGUCAAUGCUAUUGUUGAGAGAAAAGUUAAACGAGGUGGACGAUUAUAAGAUUCUAUUAAAAGAGAAGACCAUCAGCAGACUUUUCAAGUCUCUAUUAGAGGUAAUUAAAAUGAAAGCAACCGGGAUAGAAAAACGAGAUUAUACACCGUUAUGGAUAGAGGCAAAUCAUGUUUUGAAGUUCAUAACAAGCAAGCUUGUUAAGGACAACUUAGCACAUCUUCGUGAUGAUCAAAAUGCAACAGAACUAUGGAAGUUGAUUAUAACAGGAGUCAAUAUCUGCUUCGAAAGCGAAACAGACCCUCAACAAGAGACUGUAAAUAUCAAUCAGUACUUUGAGUUGAGUGACAUUGUAUUACCAGCAUUGAUGACAGAUACCAAGAACGAAACGUUGAUGAUUGACUUCAUCGAAAACGUCUACCACAAAUCCUUUUUAUACAAAAACAACGAUAUAGAGGAUUCAAUCCAGUCCUCGACUGAUACAAUCUCAGAAUUCACCUCAGCUUUAGCUAACUUCAAUUUUGAUACUUCCUUUGGCAGUGCGAAGACGCUUGACAUCUAUUCCAAUAGAAAAACUAGAGUAAUGUGCCUACAGGAACUCAUAAAGUUUUCCCAUCUGAACGUGGACUCGACCAAAGGACUCCGCGAGCUCAGUUUGCAAUAUUUCGUGUGUAGAGCUGCGUUCAUCUUCAGACGGUUUAUAUCCGAGCAAAUGCUUCUCCACAAGUCCCCCUUUCCCAAAAUACAACAAGAAGAGCUACUUAUUGCCAUGGACGGGAUUCUUGGUGUCCAGAAAACCCUUCGAACUCCGGAAGACGGGGAAAUCUUCGAUGUUCUCUAUGUAUUGUUAACGAAGUCCAUCCCAUUCGCUUCCAGAAUCGAUCGUCUAGACUCCAUGCUUGCAAUCGCCUUACAAAGCUUCUCCCGUCGUUCUUCCUAG